UCUUAUUUUGUCUUUUUAUAUGUUUCCUCAGCAGGGUUAGUUCGGAGGUUCUAAAGUCAGUGCAUGGUGCCACUGGUGAAGAUGAUGUAUACAAGCCGAGACCGAGCAUUGCUGCUACAAGCGCUCCACAAAUCUGGCUGCAAUCUCUUGGAGAAUUUGAACAGCACAGAGAGUCAAAGAAAAGCCUCUAUCCUGCCCACAGUAAGGUUUCUCAAUUCCCUUGUGCCCCUCACCACUCAUCUUGAUGGCUUGAAAAAUUUGGUCCAGCUCUUCAUCGGGAAGAUAUCUAGUCAAGUGGAAGCAAUUGCAGAGGAUGCAAAGUUGGUGUCUGAAGUCCUCUCCCUUGUGCGAGAUUUCUGGUCACUUUGUUCAGCACAACAGGUUGCGUUGUCAAAUGAGGCAUUUCCUGUUAGGUACGACUCUCACAUGAUUGGCCUGCUACCUUCGCUGGCUUCAGUCUAUGUGGAUCUCUUCGUCACAGUUCAUGGCGGCAGCGGCGGCGACAGUGUGGUCAAGUCGUCCAAGCGGCUCUGCAGCUGGCUGUUGUUUGACCUGAAUGACCGCUGCCUGAAAACUGCCCUGCUGGAGGCGACGCAGUGCAAUGCCAGCGGAGCCCUGCUGUUGCUGCCGGUGUUGAGGAAGUUGCUCCUGCGGCCCCCAAGUGGAGACUGCGUCUUGGAUUACCUGCUGCACAUGGUGGUUCUGCGACGCUGGAGUCUUGUGUCGGCCGACUUGUCCGAUGUCGUGCAGGCCAAUUUGAAUGUGCGAGCUCCCCAGAGGUUUGUGGGCUGGCUGUCACAACUGUGGCCCGAGGCCAAGGAUCACUUCCCUCUGGACAAAAGCUUGAAGGGAAGAAGAGUGUCGGAGCUGCUACUGUCGCUCAGUACGGAGGCUGUUUGUGAGCUUAUUGAGGUGUUUGCCCAGUGCCUGGGCUCGCGGCAGCAAGACGUGGAGGAUGCACCCGAGGCCUCGCAGUCUACCGCCCAGAGCAGUGACGCGGCGCCGCUGUUUGUGAUUGACACACACGGCACUUCUCAACAGGACAAGGAAAUCCUGUCAGAUGAUCCACCGGCAAAGAAACGUAGAAAGACUGCACCGCCGUCCGUGGAUGAUGCUAAUUUGGGAAAGGGAGAACAAAUGGAGGAAAAAACGGGUAGUGUGAAGAAAAAGAAGAAAAGAUCACUUGUCGUGGAGGAAAUGGAACAAGAUCUCACGUUGGAACGGAGCGCUAAGAAAAAAGCGGUUCAAUCCGAAUCUGCAGGGAGUACGGGAAAGACAGCAGUGACUUCACUCGGCUAUGUGGACAGAUCAGCUGAUAGCAAACAGCUUGUUUCGUCUGUCGAGGAAAGAGAAGAGGAAAAACAGAAUGGAGAUGAGGAAAUGAGAAGUGACAGCAGAGAGAGGGAAGGAAGGAAAAAGACUCCUCAAAGGAAGAAACGAAAGAGCAGUGGAAUGGACAAACAACAUUCCGAUGUGCCAGGACUCAAAGACUCAAUGGUAUUGUCGGGAGAAGGAUCUAGUGGCCUGGAGUUGGAAGUAUCAGCCAAUGAAGGACUCGUAGGCUCGUCAGAGUUUGUGGACAGAGGCAGUUCAGCCGCUCCCGGUGAGGGGAGUCAUUUCUCCCCGUCAAAAGGACAGAGAGGGGCAUUGGUGACCGCGACGGGCGGUGUCGGGGGAGGAGAAAGUGUGAAGACCUCCGAGAGAUCUGAUGUGAAGACCUCCGUCAGAUCUGGUGAGUCGCCAGUGAUCAAAGGAAAGAAGUCCUUGAAACAGAAAUCUGUCAAAAACAGUGGAGACAUGGGUUCUUGUGAGGAAGGGAUGGAUGAAGAUGUGGGCUCGAAAAGUGAGGAGAACUCUGUGCCAGAUGGAACGAGGGCUGGAGAAUCAGGUGAAAAUGUGACACGUGACCUGGUAGCAAGCGAACCUCGGACGGUGGUAGUCGAUGGGAUGCAGAUGACCGUGUAUGAAGACACUGAGCCUGCGUCAGCCUCACCACAGGCUGUCGGAGAGGAGCAGAAAAAGGACGCUUCUCCGUCAAAAACUGGGAAGUCACCAGAGUUAACAUCUCCGUCAAAACCUGGGAAGUCACCGGAGUUAACAUCUCCGUCAAAACCUGGGAAGUCACCGGAGUUAACAUCUCCGUCAAAACCUGGGAAGUCACCAGAGUUAACAUCUCCGUCAAAAACUGGAAAGUCACAAGAGUCAGCGUCUCCGUCAAAAACAGGGAAGUCCCCAGAGUUAGCGCAGAAUGCUAGAGAAGUGUCGGCCAAUGUUUCAUUAAGCAAACGUUCCAAGCGGCAGCGUCGUGCGUCGGAAGGAUCCCUGCGUGGUGUUCAGGAAAAGACGAAGGUUGCCUCGGCGGUGGGCUCUGUGAAUGGUGAGCAAGAGGAGACAACCGAGGUCAGUGCACAGAAGCAAGAGGGAAAAGUCGAGGAGGCCGAGUCCCCUCCCAAGCUGGUCACGGAAGAGGAAGUUGGCAUGGUGCUGUCGGACAUACGGAACUCACUGAAGACGCGAGCCGUGAACACCCGACUGCGCUCAAAGUCUGAGAGUGAAGGGGCUGACAGUACCCCGCUGAAGAAAAAGCUUCCUGAUGCCAAAAAGAACAAGAAGAGUCUAACGGCGGUGAGACCGUCUCGUGGUUCGUCAAAUGCAGAGAAGAGUUCCAAAAAUGCACUUUUAGAUUGGUUGCGGAAGCCUGUUAUAAGUGAAAAUGAACCAAGUACAGACAAGGAUGAGCACCAAAGUCCCGCCGUCACGCCCAAACAGACGUGUGCAACUGACGAGACUGAAAACACAGACGGAACCAAGUCUAUCAGCAAGGAGGCUAAAGCGUCCCGUAAAUCGAACCGCUCUACCUCGGAACCCCAGGAGGAUGUUGGUGUUCCUGAGAACAUGCCAUCAGCAGUCUCGCCCCGGGCUGGGAGUGUGCCCAGCAACAAAUCGGAAGCGGCGCCAAGCGAUGCUCCGCCUCCUGCUGCUGCUGCGACCCCCGUCUCUGUUUCCACGGCUACUACCAGAGACGCCUUUCCCAAGAGACUGCUCAAAGAGUUUCAGCAGCAAAGUUUGGUCGGUAGUGAGGAGACCGCGGGGUCUGUAGUAACUCCUUCAAGCAGCCAGCAGAGCACAAAGGAACAGAAAUCUUCAGAAAAGUCAGCUGCCAAAAAAGGGUCCCAGACUCCUUCAAGAAGUCAAACUCCAAAAGGACAGAAAUCUUUAGAAAAGUCAGCUGCCAAAAAAGGGUCCCAGACUCCUUCAAGAAGUCAAACUCCAAAAGGACAGAAAUCUUUAGAAAAGUCAGCUGCCAAAAAAGGGUCCCAGACUCCAUCUAGCAUUCAAACUCCGAAAGAACAAACAUCUUCAGAAAAGCCAGCUUCCAAGAAAGGGUCUCAAACUCCAUCAAGCAGGCUGACUCCAAAAGAACAGAAAUCUCCAGAAAAGCCAGCUGCUAAAAAAGGGUCCCAGACUCCAUCAAGCAGUCAAACUCCAAAAGAACAGAAAUCUUCAGAAAAGCCUAGUGCCAAAAAGCGGGGCCGGACGUCAGUGAGGAAAGGUUACUAUCUCCGAAGUUCAUCGCCGAGCAACGGUCAGCAGAAGAGCAACAAUGAGGAUGAUAAAGCCGUGGGAGCAGAAGAUAUGGAGUCAGCCACAACCACCAACACGAAACAAGUGGAGAGGAAACCUGCUCAAAGUAAACGAAAGUCUCCAGCUAACAGACGAAAGUCUUUGCGCUCUGCCCCGGCUCCGGUGUAGCAGGACACCAAUAACUUGACGGUGCAUCUUCACAUCGGUUACACGAGUUUAACAGAAAUAACUCCUAUGUGUGAGGCAUCGUGGUGAAAUCGACAUAAAUAACUCAUAUAUGUGAGGCAUUGUGGUGAUAUCGACAUAAAUGACUCAUAUAAUGUGAGGCAUCGUGGUGAUUUCAAGUGCUCGUCAAAAUAAUGAAAUUGAAGAAGCCCA